AUGUCGGUGUUUGAUGGUCCCAACUGCACCAGCGUCGCGAACGACGCGCCAGUAGCCAGCGAUGCAGGUGUUGCCGGCAUUGGAGUCCUGCUAUCCUUCAUCAUCACCGCCGGCAUCUCGCUCAUCCUCAGCUCGUCCAUCAUUCUGCAAGAGCUGAAGGGAAGGCCCUCGACGAUCCGCCGCAAGCUCCUCAAUAGUUACUCAGAUCAGCAGAUCCUCCAGGGCAUCGGAAUCGCAUCGGUCGGCCUCGCACGCAUAAACACCAUGGUACCAUACCACUUUUUUAUCAUAUGGACCCUUUCGAACAUGUCCAUGGCAGUUCACAACGCUACCCUCCUCGCCCUCGUUCACGACUUCCGCCGCGACUGGGUUCUGCGCUGGCUGCGGCAGUUCCUGAUGUUCGUCAAUCUCGUCUUCAACGUCGUGUAUGGCGUCUUCAUCUUGCAGGGCGUGUCUAAGGGCAUGCAGGAUUCGAAGCUACCUGUUGCGUGUGUCUUCAAGAUCGACCAUGAGGGUUCGGGAUCAAUGACCGGACUAAGUUAUGUUGGGACCAUUCUCGUGAUUGCCGGCAACGUCGUCGUCUUCUCAUUGGCGAGCUGGUAUCUUCAUCUUCGGACGCUACGCUUUGUCAAUGUCAUCAAACUCAUCGGCAUACUCCUCAUGGCGGCGUCGGCGGUAGGGGCGGCGGUGCGCUGCAUCAUUGCUUCGGAUGCCUUCGGAAACGGACCUGUAUACGAACUGAGCGACCAAGGCGAGAAGGGGUGGUCUUUUGGGCAGCUUCUUUCGCUGCUGGUGCUGCUCUUCCCUCUCGUGUCCAUGGUGGAGAUUAUACGCGGCGAGAUUAAGGUGGCACCUUGCGAUUUAUCGGACGGCGGCAAGUGCAAUGAUACGGAGAUGAACGCCUAUCGGACGUCAUACCAACCAAACCCUUUCUUCGGCUCGCAAACGAACUUGUUCAAGAGAUGA